AUGACGUCCAAGUACGAUUACAUUGAGUGGAAAGUCCUGAACCUUUCCAGCAAACUGUCAAUACAUCCUGGAACUAUCUGCUACUAUCUGCCUCAUCUCCGGAAAAAUGGAGACGCUAUUUACCCAAAAAUAAUAACUGGGCAGAGCAGAACUGGGGUAUUCCUAGUAAUUGGUAUAUCAUCCGUGCGAAGAAAAAAGGAAAGUUAUUUGAUGAGUACAUUGAGUUCCCUUUUCAAUGGAAUGUCUAAAUAUCAGAAGAAAAAUUGUAUCAUAAUUGUCCUUAUAGCAGAGGUGAACUCAACUUACGUUAAUAGCGUUGCAGGAAGCAUUAUAAAAAGCUUUCCAAAUGAAGUUAAUUCUGGUGCUCUGGAAGUUAUUUCUCCCCAUGAAUCCUUUUACCCUGACUUCUCCAAUCUUAAGGAAACAUUUGGGGAUUCAAAAGAAAGAGUGAGGUGGAGAUCAAAACAGAAUUUGGAUUACAGUUUCUUAAUGAUGUAUGCCCAACAAAAAGGAACUUAUUAUUUACAGCUAGAAGAUGAUAUUAUGGCCAAUCCUCGCUAUUUAUAUACAAUAAAUUACUUUAUUGAACAAAAGUUAUCACAGGAAUGGAUAGUUCUUGAGUUUUCUCAGCUUGGGUUUAUUGGAAAAUUAUUCCGAUGCAAAGACUUACCACUGAUAGUAGAAUUUUUUUUAAUGUUCUACAAAGAUAAACCAAUUGACUGGCUACUAGACCACUUAAUUUCGGUUAAAGUUUGUAAUCCAGAGAAAAAUGGAAGAGACUGUGAAAGCCAGAAGUCUAAUUUACGCAUCCGUUAUAAACCAUCACUUUUUCAACAUGUGGGAAUUCAUUCUUCUUUAACUGGAAAAACACAGAAUUUGAGAGAUGAAGAUUUUGUCAAAACAUCAUUAAUUAGGAAACAUAUUAAUCCACCUGCAAAAAUGAAAACAAGCUUAAAAGUAUUUCAGCAGUUUACUCUAGAAAAAGCUUACAAUGGAAUAGAAAUAUUUUGGGCUUUUUCUCCUAAAGCAGGAGAUUAUAUUUUGUUCAGUUUUGAGGAACCAUUGAAAAUAAUAAGAUAUUUAUUUAGAAGUGGAAAUUCUGAGCAUCGUAGAGACUUAUUGUUUAACACUACUGUAGAAGUUUUACCUAGUAAGGAUAUUAAUUUACAGACUGUAAGAAACAAUGCAAACACCACUAACAUCAUAAAAACUUCGGAUGGAUUUUUUCAGAUAGAUAACUUUGAAGAUGGAAUAGCAGAAGGUGCCAUUCCCCCAUUUUUAGGAAACAUAAAAGCUUUACGUUUGUUUAUCCAUUCUAGUUCUUCCAAAUGGAUAUUACUAAGUGAGGAAUAUAUUUCUGUAAUUAAUUUGGAGUAA